UCCACCUCUAAUUUCCCAUACUUUUAUUUAGGAAAUAUUUACAAAGAUUUGCUUAUUACCCGUGAAAUAUAAGCUAAAACCACGAUGAGUGCAGCCGCCGCCGCCGCCGCUUCUGGGAUCCAGAGCACAGCGGGCGCCAUUCCCAUGCGCAAUGAGAAAGGUGAAUUGUCCAUGCAAAAGGUGAAGGUGCAGCGAUACAUAUCCGGAAAGCGACCCGACUACGCCCGUGCGGACUCCAGUUCGGAGGAGAGCGACGACGAUGACUUCAUUGACACCAGGAAGCGCCUGGAGCGCCACAAGGCGGAACGACAUAAGCUGGAGCUCUCCCGUCAAGGCGGUAGCGCGGAGGGCGAGGAGCGGGCGGCGGGUGAGGGCCAGGAGGAAGACGACGCCGAGGUGGACGAUCCACGCCUACGAAGAUUGCGGCAGCGACCCGUCGACAUGGAGGACAUGGAGCGCGAGCGCAGAGAGCGCCACCGACACAUCCACGAACCGGAAAUCAUGGAGAGCGACAGCGAGGACGAGGAGGAAGACGAGGGAGCACAGGGAGCGAUUCAGCGGGGCACCAACAAGAUCACACUGGCAUCCGAAUCCGACACGGAUGCCGAGCUCAGCGACACAGAGCUGGAGAACCGGCGCACAAAGCUGAGAUCCCGCAUGCUGCAGCAACAGCGAGAGGAAGAGGUGCUACAGAAAGAGGAUGAGAAACAGUCAGAAUCCUCCGAAUCAGAAAGCUCCGAGUACGAGGAGGAGACCGAAAGCGAAGAGGACAACGAACCCCGCCUGAAGCCGCUCUUCGUCCGAAAGAGAGAUCGUGCCACCAUCCAGGAGAAGGAGCGAGAGGCUCAGAAACAGAAGCAGCUGGAGGCGGAGGCCAAGCGGGCAGCCAAGGAGCGCAGAAGAGCCACCCUGCGAAUGGUCGAGGAGAGCGUCAAGAAAGAUCUGGAGAAGACCAAGCCGGAGACCAAUGAGGCCUGCAUUGAGGACGUGUGCACGGACGACGAAAACGACGAGGUGGAAUACGAGGCCUGGAAGCUGCGUGAGCUCAAGCGAAUGAAGCGGGAUCGCGAAGAGCGUGAUAACGUCGAACGCGAGAAGCUGGACAUUGAUCGCAUGCGCAACAUGACCGAAGAGGAGCGACGCCAGGAGCUGCGCCAGAACCCCAAGGUGGUCACCAACAAGGCCACCAAGGGCAAGUACAAGUUCCUGCAGAAGUACUAUCAUCGUGGUGCCUUCUACCUGGAUGAGGAGAACGACGUCCUCAAGCGCGACUUCGCCCAGGCCACGCUGGAGGAUCACUUCGACAAGACCAUCCUGCCCAAGGUGAUGCAGGUGAAGAACUUCGGCCGCUGCGGGCGCACCAAGUACACGCAUUUAGUGGACCAGGACACCACCAAGUUCGACUCGCCCUGGUACGCCGAGUCAUCCAGCAACAUCAAGUUCCACAACGAACACGCCGGCGGCAUGAGGCAGCAGUUCGACAAGCCCACCGGCUCGAAGCGAAAAAAGAUGGAGUAGUGUUAGACGUAUGUAAUUGAUGUAUUUGACAGGCAUUAGGAAAGUAACAAGUAAAUAUUGUGUGGCCACAGUUAUGAUGGAACCAAAAACAUACAAACAAUUAUAUAUAA